CCUAUCUCUCUCUCUCUCCCCCCCCCCCCCCCCAACUUCCCUUUCCUGCAGUAGAGACCAUUGCUUGUUGGGAAACUGAGGUGCCAGGAGUCGAAUGGAGAAGAUGUUGCCUUUCAUCUGCGGGAUCGUGGAAGGUUUCUAUGGCAGACCAUGGUCAAUGGAACAGAGGAUGGUGCUGUUCAAGUGGAUGCAGGGGUGGGGUUUAAACGUUUACAUGUACGGCCCCAAGGAUGACCUGAAGCACCGGCUGUUAUGGAGAGAGACCUACUCGGUGGAAGAGUCAGCCCAGCUCAAGGCCUUGGUGUUGGGUGCUCAGGAGUGUGGAAUUGAGUUUGUGUACGCAAUCUCCCCAGGACAGGACAUCACCUUCUCCAGCUCGUGUGACCUGACCUUAUUGAAGCAGAAAUUGAGGCAGGUCAAAGGGUUUGGGUGCAUGGCCUUCGCCAUCCUGUUUGAUGACAUCGACCACGCCAUGUGCCCCACCGACAAAGAAGCCUUCAGCUCAUUCGCUCAUGCUCAGACGUCAGUGGCCAAUGAGAUUUACCGGUACUUGGGGGAGCCUCCUGUCUUCUUGUUCUGCCCCACUGAAUACUGCAGUUCCUUGUGCUACCCCAGUCUCAGCAAGUCCUGCUACCUGAAGGUCAUCGGAGACGACCUUCACCCUGGGAUUGUCAUCAUCUGGACAGGGACCACCGUUAUCUCCAAGGAGAUCACACCGGAAUCGGUGCAGGAGGUUCAGGACGUCAUCAAGCGCCGGCCGCUGAUAUGGGACAACCUUCACGCCAACGACUACGCCCAGAGACGGGUUUUCCUUGGGCCCUACAGAGGUCGGCCCUCCAGCCUGGUCUCCAAGCUGCAUGGGAUGCUGCUCAACCCCAACUGUGAACUGGAGGCCAAUUACAUCCCCAUUCACACCUUGGCCACGUGGUUCAGAUGUGGGAAAGGAACAGAAACGGAGGAUGGUGAGAAGGGCACUGAGUCAUGCCACCCAUACUGCCCCAACGAAGCCUUGAACUUGGCACUGGAUGACUGGGUGAAGGAAGUGAACAGACGUCUAUGCCCAAGUAGACAACUGCUUAAGGAGGAAGUGGAAGGACAGCUCAGGAGCAAACUCUCCAGUGUGUUCACCCAGAAUGGGAACAUUGAACCAAGGACCGAGAAGCCAAGUACGAGCACUACUGACUUACUGCCUCAGCGCAGCCCAACAAAAGAGCUGGAGUUGGGCAAGACCAGAGACGUCCCUUCCUUGUGUGAGCAGACCCAAGAAGGUCCAGAGAUGAGCCUUGGCCUUCGAUCAGUGACUGAGGUUGGUCAGGAGGCAGAAAGUGAGAAGACCGGGCCUGGGGAUUCUGAGAAAGAUGGCACAUUGCCAACUCCUGAGAAACAGGGAGUGGAGUCAGUGGGAACCGUUGACCUUGACCGCCCGAAGCCUUUGAGUGGGUCACCUGCUGGCAACGAGGGUUGUGGAGCGAUGGAGCGAGAUGGGGCCGAGGGUGGCCCAGAGCAGGAUGAAGGCGGGGAUCGCGUUUCUCCUGCAGGAAGGACGCUGCCCCUCACGGGCGCCUUGACGCUGGACGACUUGCGGCUGAUGGUGGACCUAUUUCACUUGCCCUAUGAGCACGGGGAGGAGACUGCUGGCCUCCUCCGUGAGUUUCACUGGCUUAAAACCAACAGUGACUUUGUGAGUGCAAACACCAAGAUGGAGUCGAAGAAGGCAGAGGAAUGGAGAUCCCGAUCGUGUGCGUUCCAGCUCGCCUGUGAUAGGAUCGUCCAGCUGUACCGACAGUUCAUGAGCAGCCCCAACAGGGCAAUAGUCUACGACCUUUACCCUUACCUCUGGGAUAUCAGGAACACGCUAUUGGUUGCCAAGGCAUUUAUUAUGUGGCUGGAUGGCAGAAUCGAGAGGGACACUUACUCAUUCAACUCUUGGAUGAACUGCUUCCAGUGGUGCCGAACUGGCAGCGCUCCUGUUGUCCUGGGAAUGGAAGGUGAGACCUGGAUCUACAGAGGAGGCCUCGCAGGAGAAUUCCAGAUGAUGCUGCCAGUCACCAGUAGCAAUGACCUCUUUAACCAGCCUCCUCCGCUCUUCCCCACUCUGAAGUCUUACACCAUUCGACCGUUCUUUCAGGAGGACAAGAACGCUCUGUACUCCAUGUGCAGGGAGAUGCACAACGCCAAGUCACAGGAGAAAGAUCAAGCAGAUGUUUACCCUGAUCUGAUUGGAGACAGGUACCUGGGCUGUUUCCUGACUCUGUGCCCCGACUACUGCUUCAUACUGGAGGAUGAGGAGGGGCCUUGCAGCUGUGCCUGUGGAGCCCUGGAGGUCCGGUCGUUCCUGAAGGGGUGUGAGGUAGCUUGGCUUCCUGCCAUGCAGGAGAAGUACUCCAAACCGACAGCCCUCAAUAACCUUACUCCCACACAGGAGCUGAAGAUGUUUUUCCACAACAAGAUACCCAGUUUUCCAGAUUCCUUACUCUACCACUUUCCCUCGCUUAUCCAAUUGAAUGUUCAGUCACAGAUGCUGGAUUCCAGUGAAGCCAGGAAUUUGGUUAUCUGCCUCAUGUCUGCACUAAAAGCUAAUGGUUCCCAGGGUGUAUUCUGUGAGCUGAAGGCCAGUAAGAAGCAGGAGUUGGAACUUUAUGUCAGUCUGGGUUUCCUGGAGCUGCCUGGAGCCGAGGUUUCCACCCCGGAGGGAGUUAUCUUCGGAAGACUACUGUAGGCCUCACUCGUUUACAGCUGCGUUUGGCAUCUCAUCCUCCUCAGCUUGGCCAGAGGCGGUUGUGAGAAUGUAGUCCCCUGUUUCGUUUGCACAUUUGCUGGUCACACUGAGGAGGUGGUGACUGAUUAUUAUGGGCCAUGUUUGGUUCUACUGUAAUGUUUACUGACAUUGCUUUCCUCUGUUGUGUUCGGGACAUUAGCCCUGUGAUUUAUAGAUGGUCUGAAUUAAAGACCUUCAUUGAUUUAGAAGGUCUAUUCAAUGCACCCCAGAGCCAUACUUAUCUGUUGGAGGUGGAUCUGGCGUGACCAAGGCUGAGUUAGGUUUCUCAAUGGUAAGGGAGUCGAAGCUUAUUGAAGAGCCCCAAGAGAGUGGAGGUGGAACCACAGUCACUUCAGCCUUCAUCUUAUGGAAUGGCAGAGCAGAUUUGAGGGCCCGGAUGGCUCAUUCUUGCUCCUGAUUCUUGAGUCCUUGUUUUCUCCCCACCGCUGCCCCAGCUACUGUAUCCAGCAAUGUGACUCCCUUCAUGUCCCUUGUCCAAUUUUGCCUUUGAGUCAGUCAGAGGGUCAGACGUUUACAUUUGGUUUCAGUGGAAUGGGUUCUCCAAGGAUGGAUCAUUUGCCUCUCCAGAUUACCAUCCAUGGAAUGUAGGAGCAGGAGGAGGCUAUUCAGCUCCUCAAACCUGUUUCUAAUGGAUCUUGGCUGACCUGCAUCUUAACUCUUUAACCGCCUUGCUCCUGUAUCCUAUAAUAUCCUUACUUGAUUCUGCUUAUCUGGGUUUUGAAAUGUUCAGCUGACUCACAGACUCAGCAGCUUUUUGGAGGUGAUGGGUGGGACAGAGAGUUCCAGAUUUCCACUACCCUAUGUGUGACUUCACCCCCUUUUAGCUAUGCAGUGGAAAUGAAGAUUUAACCCCGUGCAUUUCUAACUUGUAUCCCUGCGCUACAUCAACCAGUGGGCAGAAUGUAACAGCUAUCUAAAACCAGGAACCCGCCACUGAAACUACCAAUCCAAUCUCCGUUAGAUAAGAGUCCAGUGCUGUGUGAAAUAUAUUUUCAGACUGCAUUUCAGUCCUGGGUUCAUUUAACUGACAGUUCCUUUUACAAUCUCGCUGACUAAAUAUUCAACAACUGGGAUACCCGGGUAACCUAACUCAAAGAUAUGGAAGAUGACAGUGUUGAUGGGUUUGCCGUUACAUAGAAUGACAAAGUAUUUACACUAUAGACACUGGCUGCUCGGCCCAGAUAGUAAAUCCUGGUGUUAAUGCUUCACAAAAGCCUCCUCCCACCCCUCUUCAUCUCACUCUAUCAGCAUAACCUCAUACUCCUUUCUCCCUCACAUACUUAGCUGUCUUCUGAAAUGAAUCUAUACUGUUUGCCUCAGCUGCUCUUUGUGGUAGCAAGUUUCACAUUCUCACCGCUCUCUGGGUAAUGAGGUUUCUCCUGAGUUGGCGUAUCCUAGAACGGGACCCUGGUGCGAGGUCGGGGACCCUGUUGGAGGCCGGAGACCCUGUUGGGAGGUUGGAGACCCUGUUGGGAGGUUGGAGACCCUGUUGGGAGGCCGAGGACCCUGUUGGAGGCCGGAGACCCUGUUGGGAGGUCGGGGACUCUGUUGGGAGGUCGGGGACCCUGUUGGGAGGUUGGGGACCCUGUUGGGAGGUCGGGGAUUCUGGGAGGUCGGGGACCCUGUUGGGAGGGCGGGGAUUCUGGGAGGUCGGGGACCCUGUUGGGAGGUCGGAGAACCUGUUGGGAGGUCGGAGACCCUGUUGGGAGGUCGGGGACCCUGUUGGGAGGUCGGGGACCCUGUUGGGAGGUCGGGGAUUCUGUUGGGAGGUCGGGAACCCUGUUGGGAGGUCGGGGAUUCUGUUGGGAGGUCAGGGACUCUGUUGGGAGGUCGGGGAUUCUGGGAGGUCGGGGACUCUGUUGGGAGGUCGGGGAUUCUGUUGGGAGGUCGGGGACCCUGUUGGGAGGUCGGGGAUUCUGUUGGGAGGUCGGGAACCCUGUUGGGAGGUCGGGGAUUCUGUUGGGAGGUCGGGGAUUCUGUUGGGAGGUCAGGGACUCUGUUGGGAGGUCGGGGAUUCUGGGAGGUCGGGGACUCUGUUGGGGGGUCGGGGACUCUGUUGGGAGGUCGGGGACCCUGUUGGGAGGUCGGGGAUUCUGUUGGGAGGUCAGGGACUCUGUUGGGAGGUCGGGGAUUCUGGGAGGUCGGGG